UGUCUGGCUGGCUUGUGCUGCGCCGUCGCUUGCUCUCCUCUUUGCACACACAGCUUGCUUGGCUUUCCUGCUCUGUGGGAAUUUGCAGCUCGGCGGUUGAAUUCACGAGCCAUCUUCCGAAAAGACCCCCCACCCCCACCCUUUCCCUGUAGCUGCUGAUGCUUGGAUUUUAAUGCCAGAUGCCCAAGGAUUAGCAGAUCACCCAGAGGAGAGCUACCCUGGAAUUAUCCCAGGAAGAGGCGGAGGAGACGGGGAGGGAGAGCGAGAGCGAGGCAUUGUGGAAUUGAGAGAGAGAGAAGCAGGCGAGGCGGAAUAGUAUCGCCUGGGAGCUGCUACAACAGAAAAUUGCUGCGGAAACGCCAGGUGGCUGAUGAUGCAGCAUGCCUUUGUUCUUUACCCCUGACCUGAGCAUCCAAUAGUCACUGGUGUCAGUGUUUGUUUUACAAGAGAUGUCUGCAACCAGAGGCAAUGGAGAGCACUGGAAGUCUCUGGGGAUCAGCCGAAAGGAGCUGGCUCUUGCUGAAGCCCUGCAGAUGGAGUAUGAUGCUCUCUCCCGCCUGAGGCAGGACAAGCAAGAGAGCCAAGCCAAGCAAAACACUGACCAACCUCUCAUUUCCUGGGAUGAUCCAAUUCUGGAUUACAACAAACCUGCUGUAAGGAAUGACUGCCACAAUAUCAAGGUCAUGCGAGGCCUCUCUGGCUCAGACCCCACCCUCAAUUACAAUGCCCUCUCUGGCCAGGAGGUCUCAAGAGCUUUUGGGACCAACAAUACUACCUCAUCCACUUUGCUGCCUGAGCAAGAGAGCCAGCCUUGGUUGAAGGGACCUUUGUCUAGUGAUUACUUGUAUAUCUUUGAGAGCACAGAGCAAGACCUCCUCACUGAGCCUGCCAAUAGUCCAUCCUGCCAGAACAGAAGUGGCAGUAGCUCUCCCAAAAACCUUUCUCCUCCUCCGCUGCCCCCUCGCAUUGCCAUCUGGAAUGCCCCUGAAGUGAAUCAGGUUUCCCUCAAAGGGUCUCAGCCCAACGAUAUCAACAUGUUCACCUCAUCCCAUGAGAGGGCCGAUGGAAAGCUGGUAGGCCGUAGAAUCUCAGAAGAGGAUCCAUAUAGCACAGUAGACUAUGAUGGCAUCAAUGAUGCUAUCACUCGGCUCAACCUCAAGUCCACGUAUGAUACUGAGCUUCUGAGGGAAGCCACAUGGAGUUGGAAGGAAGGUAGAAGCAUUUUUGAGAAAGAAAGCAGUGGGAAGCCAGUUGCUCGCAGCAAGACCAUGCCUCCUCAGGUUCCUCCAAGAACAUAUAUCUCCAGGUCUGGUGCACGGAAGAAUGCUGCACUCAACAAGAACCGGAGGAUAUCAGCAGAUCCGACUACUUCUCACCAUCAUCCUGUAGCCAAUGGCUAUGAGCUGUUUGAGGUUUCUGAAGAGAAGGAUGAAGAAGUUGCUGCUUUCUGCCAUAUGCUGGAUGUAUUGAGAUCAGGGUACAGUACCAAGGACUACUCCCUUACUGGUUAUGUCUGGAGCGCUGUUAACCUUAGUCCUGAACACCUGGGUCAUGGGGUCAGCUUAAAAGUGACAGUGGUGUAUGAUAGCCUACAGGAGCCUCUCACCUUCACUUGUGACUGUUCCUCCACGGUGGAUUUGCUCAUCUAUCAGACCCUUUGUUACACUCAUGAUGAACUGCGUGAUAUUGAUGUGGAGGACUUUGUACUCAAACUAUGUGGCCUGGAGGAAUUCCUGCAAAAUAAACACCCACUAGGAAGUCAUGAAUAUAUCCAGCACUGCAGGAAGUUUGAUAUGGACAUUCGGCUGCAGUUGAUGAAGAGGAAGGCUGUGCGCAGUGACUUGGCUAGGACGGUGAAUGAUGAUCAAAGCCCUUCCACACUCAACCAUUAUGUUCACCUCCAGGAGAGGCCAAUCAAACAGACAAUCACCAGGCAAGCCCUGAGCCUUCUCUUUGAUACUUUCCACAAUGAGGUUGAUGCAUUCGUAGCGGCUGAGGGAGACUUCCAGCUGAAGGCAGAGCGGGCAGUUCAGUCUAUCAUGGCCAUCUGCAAUGCUUUGGCUGCUGUGGAGUCCCAGGAGAUCACAGCUGCCCUGAAUCAGCUGCCACCCUGCCCAUCUCGCAUGCAGCCCAAAAUCCAGAAGGAUCCAAAUGUUUUGGCCGUUAGAGAAAACAGAGAGAAAGUAGUGGAAGCUUUAACUGCUGCCGUCUUGGAUCUGGUAGAACUUUACUGCAACACAUUCAAUGCAGACUUCCAGACUGUGGUACAUGGAAACAGAAAGCAUUAUCUCUCCCAAGAAGCCCGGCUCCUCUCCUGCCCUCUCUCCUUCACUGUCUAUGCUGCUCAUCGCAUACCUAUAACCUGGGCUGCCAGCUAUGAAGACUUCUACCUCUCCUGCUCACUCAGUCAUGGUGGCAAGGAGCUCUGCAGCCCCCUACAGACCCGAAAAACUCAUGUGUACAAGUACCUCUUCCAUCUCAUCAUUUGGGACCAACAGAUCUGUUUCCCAAUCCAAGUUAAUUGCCUACCACGAGAGACUCUUCUGACGGCCACGCUCUAUGCUAUUCCAGUCCCUCCUCCAGGGAGCUCUUCAGAGGCAAACAAGCAGCGGCGUGUCCCGGAGGCUUUGGGCUGGGUCACCACCCCACUCUUCAACUUUCGGCACAUUCUUACCUGUGGACGGAAACUGCUGGGUUUGUGGCCAGCAACUCAAGGCCCCUCUAGUGCAAGAUCGAGUGCUCCCAACUUCAACCAGCCUGACAGUGUUAUCCUGCAGAUUGACUUCCCCAGCUCAGCAUUUGAAGUCAAGUUUACCAGCCCAUCACCAGCAGAUUUCAGUCCCAAGUACAACUUCAGUUGCCUCUCUGAGGAGGACCAGCGGAAGCUGAAGGAGGUGAUGCAGAAGGAAUCACUCUAUUGGCUAACAGAUGCUGACCGAAAGAGGUUAUGGGAGAAGCGUUAUUACUGUCAUUCUGAGCCGGGUUCACUGCCUCUCCUGCUUGCUAGUGCCCCCAGCUGGGAGUGGGCCUGCUUGCCUGACAUCUAUGUCCUGCUGAAGCAAUGGACUCACAUGAAUCACCAGGAUGCUCUUGGGCUCCUCCAUGCAGCGUUUCCAGAUCAGGAGGUUAGAAGAACAGCUGUGCAAUGGAUUGAUUCCAUCUCUGAUGCUGAGUUGCUAGAUUAUCUACCCCAACUGGUACAGGUUUGGUUGCUGAAAGAUGGUCUGAAGGAUUCUCAGUUCAGCAUCCGUUACCAGUACUUACUGGCAGCUUUGCUCUGCUGUUGUGGGAAGGGCCUGCGAGAGGAGUUUGACCGUCAAUGCUGGCUUGUUAAUACCCUGGCUAAGCUAGCUCAGCAUGUCCGCGAGGCUGCUCCAUCAUCACGACAGGCCAUCCUUCGUGACGGGCUGGAGGAUGUCAAGCAGUUCUUCAACGUCAAUGGCUCCUGUCGCCUGCCUCUUAGCCCCAGCCUACUAGUGAAGGGUGUUGUGCCCAGGGAUUGUUCCUAUUUCAACUCCAAUGCUGUCCCUCUGAAGCUGUCCUUCCAGAAUGUAGACCCUCUUGGGGAGAAUAUCCGUGUUAUUUUCAAGUGUGGAGAUGAUCUACGGCAAGACAUGCUAACCUUGCAAAUGAUUCGCAUAAUGAACAAGAUAUGGGUGCAAGAAGGUCUGGACAUGCGCAUGGUCAUAUUCCGUUGUUUUUCCACCGGCCGUGGUCGGGGAAUGGUUGAGAUGAUCCCUAAUGCAGAAACACUACGAAAGAUCCAGGUGGAGCAUGGUGUGACAGGCUCUUUCAAAGAUCGCCCCUUGGCUGACUGGCUACAGAAGCACAACCCCAAGGAAGAUGAAUAUGAGAAGGCGGUAGAGAACUUCAUUUACUCCUGUGCUGGCUGCUGCGUAGCCACUUAUGUGCUGGGAAUCUGUGACCGGCACAAUGAUAACAUCAUGCUGAAGACCACUGGACACAUGUUCCACAUUGAUUUUGGCAGGUUUCUGGGCCAUGCCCAGAUGUUUGGCAAUAUCAAAAGGGACCGGGCCCCGUUCGUAUUCACGUCAGACAUGGCUUAUGUCAUCAACGGUGGUGAUAAACCUUCUAGUCGCUUCCAUGAUUUUGUUGAUCUCUGUUGUCAGGCUUACAACCUGAUUCGAAAGCAUACCCAUCUGUUCAUCAAUCUUUUAGGCCUGAUGCUGUCCUGUGGGAUCCCAGAGCUCUCAGACCUUGAGGACCUGAAGUAUGUCUAUGAUGCACUGAGGCCACAAGACUCUGAGGCAGAUGCCACCACCUAUUUCACCAGGCUAAUCGAGUCCAGCCUGGGCAGUGUAGCCACGAAGCUCAACUUCUUCAUUCACAACCUGGCACAGAUGAAGUUCACAGCCUCUGACUCACGGCCGACACUCUCCUUUGCCCCUCGUGUGCACACAAUCAAGACGUCCGGCCGAAUAGUUGACAUAAUUCUCUGCCGGCAUGAAAAGGUCUUCAACCCCAGCAAGGGCUAUAUAUACAUCGUGAAGGUGAAACGAGAAAACCCCUCUGAGAUCACCUACAUCCAACGUACCUUUGAAGAGUUCCAGGAGCUGCACAAUAAGCUGCGCCUCAUUUUCCCCUCCUCAUGUCUCCCCAGCUUUCCCAGCAGGUUUGUGAUUGGACGGUCGCGAGGAGAGGCAGUGGCUGAGAGGAGGAAAGAGGAGUUGAAUAGAUACAUCUGGCAUCUGAUCCACGCGGCCUCUGAUGUGGCUGAGUGUGACCUGGUAUAUACCUUUUUCCACCCACUUCCAAGGGAUGAAGUUGCUUCAGGCACCAACCCAGUUCCAAAGCCUGCAGAUGCAACAUGGUCCCAACCAGUUGGCAAGGUGGGUGGGGAAGUAAAGCUGUCAGUAUCCUACAAAAACAACAAGCUUUUUAUCAUGGUGAUGCACAUCCGAGGUCUGCAACCUAUUCAGGAUGGUAGUGACCCUGACCCUUACGUUAAGAUCUAUCUUCUGCCCGAUCCCCAGAAAACCACCAAGAGGAAAACAAAAGUAGCUCGAAAAACUUGCAACCCGACUUACAAUGAAAUGCUCAUCUAUGAUGGGAUUCCAAAAGGAGACCUUCACCAGCGAGAGCUACAUUUGAGUGUUCUGAGCGAAGAAGGCUUUUGGGAAAACAUCCUCCUCGGGGAGGUCAUUAUCAGACUACGGGACCUGGAUCUGACACGGGAGAAGAUGGGCUGGUUUAAAUUGGGCUCUAGGAGCCAUGGGACCAUGUGAGGAGCAACAAGGCGGUCACAGUGUCUUUGGAACCACUCUGCCCCCAUGGGAGUCCCUGGGAAUUGGUGCAAGUUCCAGGAGUUGUAUUCUGGUAUAUCUGAAAGGAUGUAGUUUCUUGCAAAUAAGAAGGAUGGACUUGUUUUUUUUCCUGCAAAUGAAGGUUAAUUUCCUGUGGAGAGUGAGCAUUUUGGGGUUGAGUCAUGCUAAGGAAUUAUUUUAUGACUUAAAAUGACUGCCGUAGAUGUACUUUUAAAAAUACAUUUACCUUGUGUCAAGGGAGCAACGACUUAUAGUGGGAGGGGGGAUGUUCACGUACACCACUUGGAGGAUAUUUUUAAUUUUUUUAAAAAAUUCAUCAAGCAAUUUGAAUCCACACAGAACAUAGGAUGGAUCCUGGACUAAGAAGGAACUUUGUAAGGUGGAAUAUGUUAUCAAUAGGGUUCUCACUGGACUUUUUCAAGGGUGUUUUUUUUUUAAAGAAACAUUUGCCUAGGAACUCGGGGGGGGGAAGAGAGAGAGACAUACGGGGUGAGUGUAAAUGAUGGGUUAACUCUUUAUCUCUGGGAUAGGAGCUCCUGUGCUCCAACUCAAGCCAUCUUGGAGAAUUUGCUUCCAAAGGAGAGCUAUGUAACUUGUAUAUGUGUAGUGCUUACAAUUCCUGAUUUCCUGCUAGGAAAAUGUAAUCUACAAGGCAUGCCGUCUUGAACGAACAGCUGGACAUGUCUGAGGAAGGCAGAAGGCAACAGUAUUUCUUCUUGACUGCAAACAUCCACAAGGCCUUGACCACAGCAAUUGUAUGAGAGAUGUGUAUUUUUUUUCCACCUUCCUUGCUUGAGGACCUGAAUUUCAUCUUUCUAAAAUUCUUCUGGCUACUCUGAACAGCUGAAUCUGAUGGAAUAAGUUGUGCUAAGUCUUGGAAGCAGAGAAGUUAUCAUGGAGAGAGGCAGUGGCCUCAUCUGUCCUAAACUAUGACUUUGGGGAACUGAUUCUGUGAAUUAGACAAACAUUAUUUGUGGCAGCCAGUCUCCUGUGUGUGGUAAUUUCUUUCAAGGUUACCUAAGUCCCAUUACCUAAAAUGUAGGUGAUAAAAUUAGGCAAUCUUAAAGCCAUUACAUAUGACUUUUUUCAAUACCACCAUAGGCUUUACUUCCAAAGUGGUGGAUGCGAGGUAAGGAUUAAAGGCAUGCUUGCUGAGCAGCUGAUUAAAAGCCCAACAUGGCAUUUGUCAUUAAGCAUCAAUGAUGUCUUGAAGUCCUUGUAUACACCAUCUUCAUUGCAACACCUCCUGUAGAGCAGGUGGCCACGAGCUAUUUCUCUCCAGUCCCUUUUUUGAGAAGUAAAACUUUGCAGAAAACACCAUGGGGGUGGAGAAAUUGCCCACUUUUGAAACUUUUUCUAUUUACAGUUAUAUAAAGACCAGAUUGUUGUUGUCCUUCUUCUCGUUGUUGUUUUUUUAAAAUUUUUAACAGGAUGUCCUAUUUGAGAAUUGCCAUUUGCCUCCUUGAAUAAAAUACUUCAAAAUAGCAAGUGGGGAAGUCUUUCCACACGCCUAGGCAAGAGCCUUGCAAAUUUGGGUCUAGCCCGUAGCCUCAAAGCCUUCCUUUUGUAGCCUUUGCUGAGCUGUUAUGUUUACAGUGGGAACUCCCUAACAGAUGGAAUGUUUCUCAGGAUCAAAACUAUGAACAUAACUUUUUUUUAAAAAAAGAACUAUUUAUCUAUGAAUUAAAAAAUAAGUUAAGUUGGGGGAGGGACUAUUUUUCCCCACCCCUCUCUUGACUGAGGCUUAUCUGAAUGUGGGCAUAUUGUUAAUCUGCAGAAUGCUGCAGGCGGAUUCCAGAGAGGCAACUACAUGAGAGGACCUUGGCUGUGUUCUUUAGUUAUGUCAUUUGUCCCAUAGAAAGCAAGGUAGAGAUGUCACCUUAUAAGGAUACCUGAAUUUUUCUUGGUUGUAAAAUGGUGGCAUUGCUUAAAAAUAAAUAAAAGGAAAUGGAAUUCAAUGGAA